AUGGAUGCUUCUGUGGUAAAUACACCCCAGGGUCUGUUAUCACUCAGGGAUGUGUCUGUGGACUUCUCACAGGAAGAAUGGGAAUGUCUAGACUAUGAUCAGAGGGCUUUGUACAUGGAUGUGAUGUUGGAGAAUUACAAGAAUCUGCUUUUUGUGGAGUUCCAUCGCAUAUGUUGCAAAUGGAAGACAGUCUUGCACCAAGGCACAAAGCAUUUUAUCCAUGACCAUGAAACUAUUCAAGAGAAGUCUUAUACAUAUAAUGAAUCUGGCAAAGUGAUUCCUGAAUCCUGCCAGUGUAUACCUUUUUACACAAUGGAUACUGCCAAAAAUGAAAACAAGUACAGAUUUGGUAACCACGGAGAUGCCUCUAAUGAAACCUUAAACCUCAACAGACACAAAAUUGGAAAUGAUGGGGAAGAACCUUGCAAAUAUCAAGAUAGUGUAAACUUUUUGUAUUUGUGUUCCAUCUUUAGCCAAAAUCAAAGAACUCACAUAGGAAAGGAAGACUACAAAAAUGCAGAAGAAAAUCCUGACAAAGGUACUGAGUGUGGUAAGUGCUUUAAUUAUUUAUCAAAGUUUGAACGAAAUUUCAACAUCCACACCAGAGAGAAACCUUACAAUUGUAGUGAAUGUGACAAAUGUUACACAGAGAAAUGUAAUGUUACAACACGUCAGAGAAUCCACACAGGAGAGAAACCUUACAAAAGACAGAAGUCUUACAAAUGUAGUGAAUGUGACAAAACAUUUUUCAAGAAAUACCAUCUUACAACUCAUCAGAGAUUCCAUACUGGAGAGAAGCCUUACAAAUGCCCUGAAUGUGACAAAUCUUUCACUGAGAAGCAUAAUCUUAAAGCUCAUCAGAGAAUCCACACAGGAGAGAAACCUUACAACUGUAGUGAAUGUGGAAAAUCCUUUUUCAAAAAAGACUAUCUUAGAGCUCAUCAGAGAAUCCACACAGGAAAGAAACCUUACAAAUGUAGUGAAUGUGACAAAUCCUAUUUCAAGAAAUACGAUCUUACAUCUCAUCAUAGAUUGCACACAGGAGAGAAACCUUACAAAUGUAGUGAAUGUGAGAAAUCCUUUUCCAAGAAAUGCUAUCUCACAACUCAUCUGAGAAUCCACACAGGAGAGAAACCUUACAAAUGUAGUGAAUGUGACAAAUCCUUUAACAGAAAAGAUUAUCUGAGAGCUCAUCAGGGAAUCCACACAGAGGAUAAACCUUACAAAUGUAGUGAAUGUCACAAAUCCUUUUCCAAGAAAUGUUAUCUUACAACUCAUGUGAGAAUCCACACAGGAGAGAAACCUUACAAAUAUAGAGAAUGCAAAAAAUUCUUAACCACAAAACGAAGUCUUAUAAUUCAUCAGAAAAUUCACACAGGAGAGAAACCUUACAAUUGUAGUGAAUGUGCCAAAUCCUUUUCCAAAAGUGACCAUCUUAAAACUCAUCAGAGAAUCCACACAGGAGAGAAACCGUACAAAUGUAGUGAAUGUGACAAAUCCUUUUCCAAGAAAGACAAACUUAAAACUCAUCAGAGAGUCCACACAGGAGAGAAACCUUACAAUUGUAGUGAAUGUGGCAAAUCCUUUAAAAGAAGAGAACAUCUUAGAACUCAUCACAGAAUCCACACAGGAGAGAAACCUUACAAAUGUAGUGAGUGUAACAAAUCAUUUAGCAGAAAAAGCUGUUUGAGAUACCAUGAAACAAUACAUACAGGAGAGAAACCUUACAUGUGUCCUGAAUGUGAGAAAUCCUUUUCAAUGAAAGACUUACAUAGAGAUCAUCAGAAAAUUCAUACAGGAGAGAAACCUUAUAAAUGUAAUGAGUGUGACAAAUCCUUUACAUAGAAAAGCAGUCUUAGACUUCAUCAUAGAAUCCUUACAGGUAGUAAACCUUAUAAAUGUGGUGAAUGUGGCAAAUCCUUAACCACAAAACACAGUCUUAGGACUCAUCAGUGAAUGCAUUCUGGAGAGAAAACUUACAAAGGCAGUGAAUGUGACAAAUCCUUAACCACAACAUGCUGUCUAAGAACUCAUCAGAGAAUCUAUAUUGGAGAGAAACCUUAGAAAUGUAGUGACUGUGGUCAAUCCUUUUCCAGGAAAGACUAUCUUAGAGAUCAUCAGAGAAUCCAUACAGGAGAGAAGCCUUACUCAUUUUACCAAGUAAGGCAGGCUUAGAAUACAUUAUAGAAUACAUACAGGUGAGAAACAUUACAAAUGUAGUGAAUGUGACAUCCUUUUCCUGGAAAGGGAAUCUUAUAAAUCAUCACAUAAUUCCUACAUGAUGAAAGCCUUAUUAAUAUAGUGAAUGUGACAUCCUUUUUGUUGUCUCACAUCUUAGAAGACAUCUGAAAACUCAUACAGGUGAGAAACCUUUCACAAUGUGGUGAGUGCUUGAAAUCCUUUACUCAAAAAAUACAAGCUUUGAACUCAAAAGAGAAUGUAAACCUUUGAGAAAGUUGAGAAUGUAGCAAAUGUGAGAAAAUCUUUCUCUCAGAAUAUGUUGCAGGAAAUUGAUCGCCCUCAGACACCUGAGUGAUAAUAAUAUCAACCUUGGAUUAGGGGUGGAAUUCAGAACUAGUUGACAUGAAAUUGCCAGAGUACAUGGAGGUGAGUGGGAGACAGAUAGAUACACAGGAAGGAGAAGGAAGUGACUUGGGAGUUUUUCAGUCUUUUUGGUUUGAGGUGGUUGGAGGGACACUCUCUUGCUUGGUCUCUGUGCAAAGAGGAAGAUGAGCAGGUUGCUUCAUGCCCUAUGAACGGGCAGGUUUUCACUCCAACAUCUAACUCCAGAGUCUGUAUAGGUAAAUAAAACAAUAGAGAUUUAGUUAAAUACUACAUAUGGAGGCUGUGGCCGAGCCAGUGACAUCAAGACCAGAAAUCCCACCAGUCCUGGUCCUGAGCAACAGGAUAUUGAAUGCAGGGCUGUGGGACCACAGUCAGGUGAAACCACUGAGGACACAGAAAAACAACAUGAACAUGUCAGAAAAUGCAUAGAAAAGAGAAAUAGUAUAAAUCUAGCAAAUGCGAGAAAUUCGUUAGUCUAUUCUCAUUUGUUGUUAAAAAUCGGUUUAUUCUGCAUACAGUGUUCCUGCAUGUUUCCCUUAAAGACAGGAGAGAGCACCAGAUCUCAUUUUAUUGUGAGCCAUACUGUGGUUGCUGGGAAUUGAACUCAGGACCUCUGGAAGAACAGUCAGUGAUCUUAACCUCUGAGCCAUCUCUCCAGGCCUGUGCUUACUUUUUUAAAGAAUACAUUACAGAACUCUUUGGAGAGAGAACCCUGAGAGUGGUAGUUAUCUUUGUUUGGGUCAUUUUGCUCUGAAGAUACACCAUGACCAUGGCAACUCUUCUCAAAGAAAACAUUCAGUGAUUGUUUGCAGUUUCAGAAAUGUAGUCCACUGUCUUUGUUAUGGGGAAUGUAGUGACAUGCAGACAGUCAUGGUACUUGAGAAGGAGCUGAGAGAACUAUGUAUUGAUCCUAAGGAAGGAGAAAGUGAGCUGUGUACUAGGUAUGGCUUGAGCAUGUAUGAGACGUCAGUCCCUGCUUGCCUCGUGUCAGACCUCCUCCUAGAGCUAGAAGACCUGUGGGUGAAGGAUUCAAACAUGAGGCCAUGUGGGCUAUACCUGUUCAAACCAGCAUAAUAGUAUGAAAAACCUUUUGUCUUCAGAAUCACCACGAGUUUCCCUGUGGAAGAGAAAAGUUACAAAUGUACCAAAUGUACAAGCAAACGUCUUGACCUGUCUAUGAAAACGUCUGGAACUUCAUACGAAACAUCAAAGGGGGUCCUGGGAAUGGUGGCAAUGGCGGUAGGCAUUCUGGCUUUAUGCGGAGUUCAAAUGUGCCUUGUUCCAUAGACAACAGUUUCAUCACCAAGAAUUGCCCACCUUAGCCCAUGGCAAUCUUGGUAGUCAUGAUGUCAACAAGCACUGCAGUUUU